UGCAAACUGCAGUGUAUGUAUGAUUGUCAAUACAACUGUAAUUUCCUCGUUUAUCAUGGAGAAAUAUCGAUUGACAAAAUAAAAAAGAUCAAGUGAUUCCAAAUAAAUACAAGAUAGAAAUAAAAUAUAAAAAUACAAUAAUCAUAAAAUGAUAAUUAAAUGUGUGUAUAAUAUUAAAAGGAUAUUAAAUAUAAAAAAAAAUCAUGACAGUAUCAUAUCAGUAUCAAGUUGCAAGUUCGACAAGUGGAGGUUUUACAAGACUUUUAUUCAUGUGGCGUGGUUCACUUUACAAACUAAUUUAUCGUGAAUUACUAUUAUUUUUAUCAUUAUUUGCAUUAAUAUCAACGGUAUAUCGUAAUUUUUUAAACAGUGCUGAUAAAAAAAAAUUUGAAAAAAUUGUUAUUUAUUGUGAUACAUUUAUUGGCUUGAUACCACUAAGUUUUAUUCUCGGUUUUUAUGUCACUUACGUGGCUGCACGUUGGUGGCAACAAUACAUGGCAAUACCAUGGCCAGAUAAAGUCAUGCAUCUUGUGGCACUUUAUGUUACUGGAAAUGACGAUUAUGCACGUAUGCUGAGACGAUCAUUAAUGCGUUAUCUUAAUUUAUCACUUAUUUUGGUACUGAGAUCAAUUAGUUCAGCUGUUAAACGUAGAUUUCCAACUCUUGAUCAUGUUGUUGAAUCAGGUUUCAUGACCUCACUUGAGCUCGAACUUUUCCAGUCAGUUCCAAGUUUGGAAUUUAAUACAUAUUGGAUACCAUGUACUUGGUUUAUAAAUCUUUUGAAAGAAGCAAGAAGAUGUCAACGUCUUCCUGAUCAUCAAGGUCUUAAAAUAAUUAUGGAGGAGUUUUGCGAGUUUCGUUCAAAAUGUGGACUUUUGUGGAGCUACGAUUGGGUAUCAAUUCCUUUAGUGUACACCCAGGUAGUAACACUUGCAACAUAUAGUUUUUUUGUUGUCGCAUUGGUUGGCAGACAAUUCAUCGAGGGAAAUGAAAAACCUUUUCAAAUGGAACUUGAUCAAUACUUGCCUCUAUUUACAAUACUACAAUUUUUAUUUUUCAUGGGAUUGCUAAAAGUUGCUGAACAAUUGAUAAAUCCAUUUGGUGAUGAUGAAGAAGAUUUUGAAUUAAAUUGGUUAAUUGAUCGUCAUACAAAAGUAUCAUAUCUCGGUGUUGAUAUUCUCAUGAGUCGUUGUCCACCACUUGUUAAAGAUUCAUACUGGGAUGUUGAAGAUAUUACACUUCCUUAUACUGAAGCUGCUGCUACUUAUAAAAGAAAAACUUAUCGUGGAAGUGUUGCUAAUAUGACUGUACCAGAAGCAAAACAAACAAUGUUUUUACCAGAAAUAAUUGAAGAAGAAGAAAAUGAUAAUCGUGCUAUUACACCAACAAGAAAAAUGUCAAAUGCCAGUUCAGCAACUUGUUCACAUGACAGUCCUAUUAUAAUUAAUAAAAAAAAUCAGUAUCAUGGCUCUCCUUCAACAACACAAAAAAUUCAACGUGAUUAUUUUGAUACAAUUGUACAGAUGGAUGAAUUAAAUUGUGAGGGAGAAACUGGCCAUUUGUCGAAUGGUACGUUAAAGAAAAUAAACAUGACAACGCCAAAAUUGGAACAGAAUCGCAAACGAUUUUUACCAGUUAUGCCAAGACUUUCGAGAAUUAGUCUUCAGCCAUGGCCGAGUGCAACGAACCUGGAAGAGAGUACAUUAUCAUAUGAAAAUUCAAAGCAAAAUAAUGAUGGUUCACUACAACAUUCAUUGUCAAUACAAAAUCCAUCACCUUAUAAUAUUAAUAUAACUCGACAGUUGACUGAAGAUAAUGAUGAUGUAUCAGCUAAUGAUAAUGAUAAUUGUUUUGUUAAUUCUGCUUUUUCAAAAGAAAUUAAUGAUGAUUUAACAACUUGUAAAAAUUCAUUUGAAAUGAAUGAUUCAUUGUCAUCUAAAAUUUUAACAAAAAGAAAAAGCUCAAAUUACAUUGCCAAGAGAAGAAAAGUAUUGCGUUGGAGACGAACAUUCCACAAAACUACUGCACAAGUGCGUAGAAAAUCUAUUAAUAAUUUUCCAUUAGAAAAAAAAAAAAAAUAAUUUCCAGACAGAUGAUAAAUAUCUUGAUUAUAAUCAUGAAAAUAAUGAUAAUAUAGAAAUUAAAUAAAAUUAUUUUUUGAGAAAAAAUUUAGCAAUAAUAAUUAUAAUAAAUUAUGUUGCAUAAAUUUAUUGAUAAGUUUGAUAAAUAUAUAAUUAUUUGAUAAUGCAUUUUUUUAAGAAAAAAUUAUUAGUUGGACCAAUUGACAUUUUAAAUAUAUUAUUUUCUUUUUAUUUUUUUUUAACGAUGAAUUAAAUUAAUUUUAAAAAUAUUAUUCAGAUAUUAAUAUUGACGAGAAAUUGUACAAAUAUUGUAAUUGUAAUAUUGACUGGUUUAGAUGUAAAUUGUUUUUAAUUUUUUUUUGUCUGUCAGAACAAUAAAUAAUAUGAUAAUGUGGUUUAUUUUUAUGUUUUUUUAUUUUUCAAGUAGUUGUCUAUAUUUUUUAAUUAUUGUGUUUUUAAUUUUUUAAUUAUUUUGUUUUUAAUUUUUUAAUUUUGAAAAUUGUUUUUAUGAGAAGACCAAGUACGAGCAAUAUUCUUUGAGUCCCUUUUAACUUGGCUUACCAAAAAAAAAGGAAAAAGCUUGAUUAUUAGCUAAAUAAUUAAAUAUAAAUUUCACAUAAAAUUAUCAAUAUAUCCUCAAUUGAUAUAAAAAUAUUAAUAAUAAAAUUUUGUCGACAGCCAGUUUUAUUUUCUGUAAAAAUAUAAUAAUAUAUUUAUUUUUUGAAUACAUAA